AUGUUCUGUAAUGUACCUAUUAGUUUCAUCAUAUUUCUCCUUUACUAUUUAUUAUUAUCAUCAAAUGAUAUAUAUGUGAAAGCGACGAAAGAUUUGAAUAAGAAGACGAGAGAAGAACAAUGGUUAGCAGAUAGAAAUCUAUUUUUGGAUAUUGAUAAUGCCCGUUCGGAUACAAUUGAUAAUAUUACGGAUGCAUUUCUUAGUAUUACAAACAGAUUAGUAAAAGCUGGUCGUUUAAUGGUUGAAACUAAACGUCGAAUGAUUAUGUUUAUUGAUGAAGUUGGUGAGAUGAGUUAUGAUUCUAAAUGGGCUGUGCUUGGAUGGUUUGCUGCUAUGUUUCUAUUUCCUAUUAUUACAGCUGCAAUUGUAGCUAUAAUUGUUGCUCUCUUCUUUCAAAAUGAACUCUCUAAUUUGCAAAUUUUUUUGCAUACUCGUUGGGAUGUAGGUGAUAAGCCGGAUAUUAUUACUGAAUGCAAAGCAAAACAACGUUUGGGUAAUUUAGCUUUGCAAAAUUUAUAUCAUAAAAUGAGUCGACAUCCGGAACGACUCCUUCCAAAACAAGCAAAACGUGAUCCAGAAGCACUGGUUCGUGAAAAGAUCGAACUAACACAAUUGAAUGAAGCAAAUCCUGCAGAAGCAAAUGCUCAAGGUCCAUAG